GGUGGCUGGGGGGUGGGGUCGGGGCAGGUGCUGCCUCUUACCUCGCUGUCCCCUAGCGCCGCCCGGACAUCGCGCCCGUCGCCGGCACCAUGAAGAUAUGGACUUCAGAGCACGUCUUUGACCACCCAUGGGAAACUGUUACAACAGCUGCAAUGCAGAAAUACCCAAAUCCUAUGAACCCAAGUGUGGUUGGAGUUGAUGUAUUGGACAGACAUAUAGAUCCCUCUGGAAAGUUGCACAGCCACAGACUUCUCAGCACAGAGUGGGGACUGCCUUCCAUUGUGAAAUCUAUUAUUGGUGCAGCAAGAACCAAAACAUAUGUUCAGGAACAUUCGGUAGUUGAUCCUGUAGAGAGAACAAUGGAACUUAAAUCUACUAAUAUUUCAUUUACAAAUAUGGUUUCAGUAGAUGAGAGACUUAUAUACAAACCACAUUCUCAAGACCCGGAAAAAACUGUUUUGACUCAAGAAGCCAUAAUCACUGUGAAAGGAGUCAGCCUCAGCAGUUACCUGGAAGGGCUGAUGGCAAGUACAAUUUCUUCAAAUGCUAAUAAAGGCCGAGAAGCAAUGGAAUGGGUAAUACAUAAAUUAAAUGCCGAGAUUGAAGAAUUGACAGCUUCAGCAAGAGGAAGUAUAAGGACACCGAUGGCGGCAGCAGCAUUUGUAGAGAAAUGACAGUGAAAAUUGGUGUAUAACAUCAGAUCCCCUGGGUCUUUCCAAGCUGGCUAUAUUUAUUUGUUAUUUAAAAAAAAAAAAACAACUAUAUUUUAGGUGGACUUUUUUGUAAUAAGCUGGAGAACAAGUAUGUGAUUUUUGUUGAAAACAAAGAGAUGCAGGGCUUCUAAGUAAAAGAGACCAGAAGAAAUUUGUGUUAUUUGAAAUGACCAUCCAGUUGUAAGGAUUCCAGUAUUUAUGUUAAAAUUUUACAAUUUUUGAAAAAGUACUUCAAAAUUGAUAUUGGCAUAGUGAUGAAUCUCCUUAAGGUAGAAUUUUGAAGCUUUUCAUGCAUUGGAACUCUACCUGGCUUUGGACCAACCCCAGAGCAAAGCAGAGCCACCUUUUCAUAUACAACCAUGAUUGCCUUACUGCAUUAAAUUUCAACAGUUGUUUAACUGUUGAGAACUCACUUUAAAAGGAGAAAUUGUAACUUCCAAAAGCGUGUUAAUUUGUUUUUAAAAAAAAAAAAAAAAAAAAAUUUGCUCUGCUCUAAACCACCAUUAAAAACCACAGUAUUUUGAUUUGGUACGUAAGUGAUAUUUUUGGAAUGAAAAUUAUCACUAAAGUAAUAUAUGACUCCAGCAAAAAUACGAUUUUAUUGUAUUAAAAGAGUACUGUAUUGAUUUGCCAAAUUUUUGUAACUUAGUAAAGAUAUUACCUUCCUUGGAUUUGUACUUCUAAAAGUCUUUAUGAUUUAGUAUGCUGUACUAUGGGCUGGUUAACUGAAAAAAUAAAGUUAUUACCUGAAUUUUGCAGCAUUAAACAUUAAACAGAAGAACAGCUGUUCACAUCUUUUAGCAUUUAACAUUUGCCUAACAUAAAUUGCCAUGUGUCAAAAUCAUGGUUCUGUAAUUGCUAAAGCAUGAUAUGUCAGGUUAUUUGAUUAUAAUUACUUUUUGAAGUAAUUGUGACCACAAAACAUCUUUUUUACAUGAAGAGCUGUACGUCAUUUGAAAUUACUCAAAUGAUGUCUUGAUCUGAAGUAUAAAUCCCCGGUACUUAAUGUUUUUAAUAAUAUGGUGCCACUGCAGGGCAUGGGGGGUGGUGGGUAAGAAAAAAAAAAAAAAAGGAUUGACCUAAACUAACCACUGAGUGAAUUUCACUGCAGCUUUUGUUUAUGGGAAAUCCUUAUUUGGGAUGCCAGUGGGCAGCUGCAACUGAAAAACAAUCUAGUAAAUGUAUUUUGUUUUAUAUUUUGUAUCAGGUAAUUAUUAACCACUAAAUGAUAUCUUUAAUACUUAUUUGUUGCAUACCAAGUAUUUUUAUUAAAAGUGAUUAGCUCUAGCCUUUAUUUUCCAGUGCUUUACAUUACAAGUGAUAAACAUCCAGUCAGGUUUCCUAUAAAAGAGACAAGUUAAUGUAUGUACAUAAACCACAGAAAUAGUAUAUCAAACUAUUUUUUUAAUUAGUGUUUUUUCUACUUAAAAUAUUAUUUGGCUUAAGACUUUCUUAGGACAUUUGUAAAAGCACAUUAAAUCCAGUAAUUUUCUGAUUAUUUUUUGUAACUAGAGAUGGUUUUUGCAACUGAAAUAACAUUUCUGCUCAACAACAUUGCUAAAUUUUUGAUAUUUGGUAAAAAAAAAAAAGUUGCCUUGUAUGAUUCGUGUAAAUAAUACUUGUUCUGAGAGAAGUGUAAUAUCCUAAUGAUAAAAGAUUUCUAAGCAAAUUCUUUAUCGUUUUUUUUUUGUUUUUUACUCUGACCUAAUGAUAAAAUUCUGUAAAUUUUCAUUUGUAGUUGCCUCUUUCAGUUAAACAGCUAGUGAUUUUGGCUUUUACUUGUGAAAAUAUAAAUACACAUCAAGGAAAUUUAAGAGGACUAGACUGGAAUAAAAUGUUCAUUAAACUCUCGGACUUUU